AUGCCAUUCUCAGAGACCACCCCUUUGCUGGAGGUCCAUGUCGCACCCCCACGGCAUCGGUACCCUCACCAUAACAUCCGUCGAGCUUGUACAUUCAUCCUCAGCACCCUACUUGUAAUUGUCGUCAUACUUUUCCUGAUCCCAACAGCCAUCCUCCCCCGUGAACACGGCUCGAUCUGGUCUUACCUACCAUGGGCCAAUCCAUUCCCCCACAGUGCCUGGCCCCAGGCCUAUGGCCUUCCAUACGACCAGCUUCAGCAGGUCCUCCUUGAAACUCCGUCGGCUGCCAAGGCUCGUGAGUGGAGUGAGUACUAUACCGCUGGUCCCCACCUGGCUGGCAAGAACUUGAGCCAGGCCCUGUGGACGAUGGAGAAAUGGAAGGAGUUUGGUGUCGAGGAUACUACCAUUGCUACGUAUGAUAUCUAUCUCAAUUACCCCCUAGAGCACCGCCUGGCUCUCCUCAAGAAGUCUGGCGAUAAGACCGAGGUUACCUUCGAGGCGACCCUGGAGGAAGAUAUUCUGGAAGAGGAUCCUACUUCCGGUCUGUCGGACCGAAUUCCUGUUUUCCACGGCUAUUCAGCUACCGGUAAUGUCACCGCUCAAUACGUGUAUGCCAACUUUGGCACCUUCAAGGAUUAUGAGGACCUGGUGAAGGCCGGCAUCGAUCUUGAGGGAAAGAUUGCUAUUGUCAAGUAUGGCGGAAUAUUCCGUGGCUUGAAGGUUAAGCGCGCACAGGAGCUUGGUAUGGUCGGUGUUCUCAUCUACAGCGAUCCCCAGGAGGACGGUGAGAUCACCGAGGAGAACGGUUACAAGGCCUACCCUGAUGGACCGGCCCGUAACCCCAGUGCCAUCCAAAGAGGUAGCACGCAAUUCUUGAGUUUCCUCCCCGGCGACCCCACGACACCUGGAUAUCCAUCCAAGCCUGGCUGCGAGCGGCAAGAACCAAACUCAAUCCCGUCUAUCCCUUCUCUGCCCAUCUCUUAUAAAGAAGUUCUGCCGUUCCUCAAGGCCCUCAAUGGUCAUGGGCCCAAAGCCUCGGAUUUCAACAAAUACUGGCAGGGUGGUCGUCUUGGCCACAAGGGCGUUGAGUACAACAUCGGACCUUCACCGGAGGACGUAGUCAUCAACCUUAACAACCAGCAAGAGUAUGUGACCACCCCGCUGUGGAAUGUCAUCGGUAUCGUCAAGGGACAUAUCCCCGACGAGGUUAUUAUUCUGGGCAAUCACCGAGACGCCUGGAUUGCCGGUGGUGCCGUUGAUCCAAACAGUGGUUCUGCCGCCCUGAAUGAAGUCAUUCGUAGCUUCGGUGAAGCUAUGAAGGCCGGGUGGAAGCCGCUGCGUACCAUUGUGUUUGCCAGCUGGGAUGGCGAAGAGUACGGUUUGCUCGGUUCGACUGAAUGGGUAGAGGAGUACCUGCCUUGGCUCUCCAAGGCCAACGUUGCCUAUCUCAACGUUGAUGUCGCUGCUGCUGGCACCGAGUUCGGUCCUCGGGCUGCUCCUCUGCUCAACAAGGUCAUCAGGGAUGUGGCUGGCCUGGUGCAGUCUCCUAAUCAGACUGUCCCUGGACAGACAGUCGGAGAUGUUUGGGAUGGUAAAAUUGCUACCAUGGGAAGUGGCAGUGAUUUCACUGCUUUCCAGGACUUUGCCGGUGUUGCCAGUCUGGACUUCGGAUUUGGUCGUGGAGAGAACGACCCAGUAUACCACUAUCACUCCAAUUAUGACAGCUUCGCCUGGAUGGAGAAAUACGGCGACCCAACCUGGUCUUAUCACACUGCAUGCACCAAGCUCUGGGCGCUUGCCGCCGCGCAACUCAUUGAGACACCCGUGAUCGCUUUCAGCGCUGCGGAUUAUGCUCGGGGUCUCGCAGAUUACCUUGCGCGAGCGAAACCCGCCGCAGAGAACGUGCCCGGGGCACACUUCGACUUCCACGGUCUGGAUCUUGCGAUUGAUAGAUUUGGCGCAGCCGCGAUCUUGUUCGACAAAUACGCCGAAGACCUUGCGGCACAGCUAGGCGAGCACAUCCCUUGGUAUCUCUGGUGGAAGAAGGUCCGGCUUCUUUUCCAAAUUCGUGUCGCGAACGAUAAGUACAAGGGUAUCGAACGAGCCUUCCUCUAUGAGCCCGGCCUGGACGGACGGAACUGGUUCAAACACGUUGUGUUUGCACCGGGGAUCUGGACAGGAUACUCGGGUGCAACAUACCCCGGACUGGUAGAGAGUCUUGAGGCUGAGGAUGUGGAGAAUGCCAAGGUAUGUCCAUCGAGUAUGGUUCUGAGUUCGCACUUACUGAUACCGCCCUUAGAAAUGGGGUAA